AAAAAAAUUAGUGUAGAAUUUGGGGGUCAGAGGGAGGUUAAAGGGGAGGGAAGAGAGGGUAAGACGGGCGUGGGCGGCCCUGAGGCUCAGUCAUGCUUGAGGACAUAGAAUACAUUGCUGAGACCUCUAAAACCCAAAAGCCAGCACGCUGGUACACCCGCCUGUGGCGGGCAUGCCUGUGCUGUGGGUGCUUAUGUAACCAAAAGAAGAAACUUCAACCCUGUCUCACUGGCUAUAACCCUGUGGGGAUACUCCAAAGAGCGGCCAGCACGGGUGACUUGUAUACACUUGAGCAACUCAUCAACUCCAGUCACUUUCACAUUGAUGAAUGUGAUAGGAAGAACAGGACUUCACUGCACUACGCGUGUGCCCACAACCAUGUGGAUGUCGUGACACUGCUACUAGACUACGACUGCAGCAUUGAUAUCCAGGAUGACGAAGGCUGCACACCCUUGAUUAAGGCUGCCCAGGAAGACAAUCUGGGAUGCAUAUGUGUGCUGCUGUGGGUGGGGGCUGAUCCCCACCUGAAAGAUUUUAGUGGGCAUACAGCCCUCCACCAUGCUGUUUUGAGAGGUAACAUUGCCACUGUUGAGAAGUUGCUUGAAUUCAAUGCAGACAUUGAAGCUAAAACAGAGUAUGGCUUAACACCCCUUCAGCUUGCCAUAUGUGAAAAUGACUACCAGAUGGCAGAAUUUUUAACAUCAAAAGGUGCAAAUGCACAUAGUGUAGCUGAUCCGAACAGUAAAGGAACACAAGCUGAAGACCUAGAAGAGAAGCACGUAAGAUUCAGUAAAGGUUCUUUUAUGCUUCUCUCUCUGGAGAUGCAGUUCCGGGUGCACAACUGCUACGAUGAGGAGUCUUUGUAUAGCUCUUACCGUGAAAAGCAAUGGAAACUGACGCUGGGCUUCUUUGCACUGCACAUGAGCUAG